AUGGGUAUCCCCGCUGCGUUUCGUUGGCUGAGCAAGAAGUAUCCCAAAAUUAUCUCGCCGGUAAUCGAGGAUCUGCCCAAGAAACUUGACGAUGGCUCCGUUAUUCCCGUCGACACAACACAGCCGAACCCGAAUGGGGAAGAGUUUGACAAUCUCUAUCUCGACAUGAACGGGAUAGUACACCCAUGUUCACACCCUGAGGACCGCCCAGCCCCGAAAGACGAAGAAGAGAUGAUGUUGGAAAUUUUCAAGUAUACAGACCGGGUCGUCAACAUGGUUCGGCCUCGCAAGGUCCUCGUCAUCGCCGUCGACGGCGUAGCGCCUCGGGCGAAGAUGAACCAGCAACGAUCGCGUCGAUUUCGCUCCGCGCAGGAAGCCAAAGAAAAGGAAGUAGCCAAAGAAGAACUUCGCGCCCUAAUCAAGCGGCAAGGCGGCGACUUAGCCCCGUCUUCGCCCGAAGAGGCUUUGAAAAAGGCAUUCGACUCGAAUUCGAUUACCCCAGGGACCCCAUUUAUGGACAUUCUCGCUGCUAGCCUACGAUAUUGGUGUGCAUAUAAGUUGAACACGGACCCUGCUUGGGCGAACCUCAAAAUCAUCAUUUCCGAUGCCACCGUACCGGGAGAGGGCGAGCAUAAGGUCAUGGACUUCGUCCGAUCCCAGAGGGCAUCCCCAGAUUACGAUCCAAACACUCGUCAUGUUAUUUACGGCCUUGACGCAGAUUUGAUCAUGUUGGCCCUGGCCACCCAUGAGCCGCACUUCCGCGUUCUUCGCGAAGAUGUAUUCUUUCAGGAAGCCCGAACACGUCUAUGUAAGCUGUGCGGCCAGAAAGGACACGACGCAUACCACUGCAAAGGCCAAGAGAAAGAAAAAGAAGGCGAAUUUGACGAGAAGGACAAUGCAGCACCUCUAAAACCAUUUAUUUGGCUCCACAUCUCGGUGUUGAGGGAGUAUCUGGCGGUAGAGCUCUAUGUGCCAAACCUUCCGUUUCAAUUCGACCUUGAGCGAGCCAUCGACGACUGGAUAUUCUUGUGCUGCUUCGUGGGCAACGAUUUCUUACCCCAUCUUCCAGCACUAGAAAUUCGGGAGAACGGUAUUCAGACGUUAACUGCUAUCUGGAGAGACAACUUACCGUAUAUGGGCGGCUAUGUUACGAGGGAUGGUCAUAUAGAUCUCAGCAGGGCUCAGCUCAUCAUGGAUGGUCUUGCCAAACAAGAGGAUGCUAUCUUUAGGCGAAGGAAGCAGCAAGAGGAUCGACGUGAAGCGAAUUCGAAACGCAGGAGACUGCAAGAUAGCGCCGCGAGUGGAAACGGAUCUCAAGAACCGAAGUGGAAACGCCAUAAUGUAGAUACCGCGGCAUCGGGUCUGUCAACACUUCAGCCCAUCUCUGACUUCUCGAAAGCGCGCCCAGUGACACAUGACUCGGUCAUCACGCGGAAAAUUGCCAGUGACGCGAAUCUGGCAAACAGAAGCGCGGCAAACGUCUUGAAGAAUCGAAUGUCUUCCGAGUCCGACCUAACUAGAGAUGGUUCACUAGCUUCACCAGCCGUCUCGGGUUCUAAUCUAGAGUUACCAGACUCAGGAGCCUCGAGCUCUGCCCUGGGUAAACGAAAAGCCUCUACACUCGAGGACAGCACCCCAGGAGCUAGCACUAGCGGUAUGUCAACGCCAUCGGCCGCCGAUGACGGGCCGGUUGAUACAGUUAGGCUCUGGGAGGAAGGCUACGCCGACCGGUAUUAUGAGCAGAAGUUUCACGCUGAUCCCAAGGACAUAAAGUUUCGGAACCAAGUCGCCAAGGCUUACGUCGAAGGGCUCGCAUGGGUCCUGUUGUACUAUUUCCAGGGUUGCCCCUCUUGGGACUGGUAUUAUCCUUAUCAUUACGCGCCGUUCGCCAAGGACUUUGUCGGUCUGAGCGAGAUGAAGAUCAUUUUCGAGAAGGGCCGCAUAUCAAGGCCGUUUGAACAGCUGAUGAGUGUCCUGCCGGCAGCCUCCCGGCACGCACUGCCUGACGUCUUCCAUGAUUUGAUGACAAACGAAGAUAGUGAAAUCAUUGAUUUCUAUCCCGAGGAGUUCGAGAUCGACUUGAAUGGCAAGAAGAUGGCUUGGCAGGGCGUAGCACUCCUUCCAUUCAUCGAUAUGGCGCGAUUACUACAGGCGGUAGAGAAGAAGUACCCUCUUCUAAGCCCUGAAGACGCCGACCGCAACGAAAUAGGGAAGGUCGUUCUCCUCCUCUCCGACGCAAAUUCCGACCUGUACAGCGAUAUUACGAACCGCUUCUACACCAAGAAACAAAGCAUUCCCAGCUAUAGCUUAGACCCCCGGAUCAGUGGGGGAUUGGCUGGGGAGGUGGAGAAGAUACAAGAAUAUCUCCCCCAUGGGCCCCUCGACUAUCCCCUGCAGCGCAAGGCGAUGCCGUGUCUCGAAUAUGACCGCUCCCUCAUUGUCCGAUACGAGAUUCCGACGGCUGCCCAUAGCCACAAGUCCAUGCUUCUUCGAGGGGUACGGCUGCCGAAGCCAGCUCUCGAUCGGGGUGAUAUUGAGACUCUCAAGAGAAUGCUGGAAUCCGCCGGUCGCAGCUACGGUGGUGUACCAUUGGGACGGAAUAGCUACGAUGCAAGAGGGAGACGCGAUCACAUUAAUUUUGCUCCGCGGGGCUCCCCUCAUUAUUCAAACAAUGAGGUGAACCGCGGCCCUGCCUAUGCUCGGAAUGGCUCGGGCGAUUCCCAGCAUUGGGAUAGACGCCAGCAACAACAGCCCCGCACCGGAUUUGGUGGUCCAUCGUAUCGAUCGCAGGCUUCGCGGGUUCCACCUCCUGGGCAUCAAAGCUUUGGGAUGGGGAUGCCGGCGCCGGCGCCACCCCCACCAUUGCAGUACGAUAGUCGGUGGUGGAAUAACGGAGGUGCACCUCCCAGUUCACGUGGACCUGGGCCUGGAUCCGGACCUGAACGGAGUCACGCUCCGCCAAGGCAGAGUUGGCAACCUCCACCACCCGGGGUGGCUCGGCCAUAUAGCAACGCUCCCGGCCACCCCGGCGGCAAUUCCUGGCGAGGAGGUUUCGAUGGCACUAGGAGGUACUGA